CCACCCGAGGUGGCGUCCACGACGCCUUCGCCCGCCGCUCACGAGACACCGGCAGCGGUCCCAAAGGCCGAAGACACCAGUGACGCCUUGGCCGUGCCGGACGACCCGACAGAAGACGCCGUGACGCCGCUCAAGGAGGAGGCGGCGACGGAGCCAGCCGCCGCUGCUUCUGCUGCCACCAACGCCCCGAAGCUGCAGGGCGCGGCGUCCGCGGCCGGCUCAAACAGGGACCCCAGCAGCAGGGAGCGGGACCGCGAGCGGGACCGGGAUCGGGACAGACACGAUCGUGACCGCGAGCGUGACAGGGAGCGAGAACGAGACCGCGAUCGCGGCCGAGACAGCAGGUCCGGCGGCAGCGGGGCCGGCGACCGUGAUCGGGACCGUAGCGACAGAGACAGGGACCGAGAUAUCAGGGACCGAUCGAGCGGUGGAGGCCGAGACAGGGACCGCGACAGGGAGCGGGAGAGGGACCGCGAACGGGACCGCGACAGGGCGAGGGACACCGGGAGGGAGCGAGAACGCAGAGACAGCGGCGGCAGGGACCAGCCAAGGACGAGCAGCGGAGGAAACAACAGAGACCGGGACCGAGACAGGGCCGAGAGGAGGACUUGA